GUCAAUCUUCCUUGCUGGAAAGAAAAUCAAGUAAGAAAUCAGCACGAGGAAGGUAGCAAGCAAUUAUAAUUAAGAUUAUAGUUCCGAUCUUAUUUCUCUCUCUCUGUAUACACAAGUAUAUAUAUAAUCUAAAUACAGAUUCAUUCAAAACAAAACAUAUACUAGAUCUGUGAAAAGAAAACAACGCGGUGGAGUAAAAUGUAUGUAUUAGAAUCUUUCAAAUUCCAAUGCUGUAAUGUGUAGGGAAAUUCUUGUAACACAAACUAUGUUGGUAGCUAGCAGAUAGGAAGAGCCGGAAUGUGCGUGGGGUAUAAUUGACAGGUUCGCAAGUUUAUACGAAUGGGUAUAGGGAAUAGUGAGUAAAUUUGGUGGAAUAAGCGUGUGAAACUUUCUGGCAAUUAUAAGAAUGCAAGGAGCUAUACUGGAGAACCUGAGCGGCAAGAAGUUGGCAAUUCUCGUAAGCUUUCUGUUAGUAUGUCAGGUAACAUGCUUUUUGAUUGGAGGACUUGUUGCCCCUACACCUGCAUCUGCUGAAAAUUGGUUGGCUACUAAAUGUCGUCAACGAGAAAACGAUACGCGAGAGUGGUUAUAUCCCAGAGGUAAAGGACACUGUGAGACCAUUGAUUCUCUUGAUAUGUACAGAGCACCUGAUUCUGAUCAUCGCAAAGCUGAUCGUGAAAACUUAAAAGCAAGCGAACUUGUAUUUGCAUUUCAAAUUCCGGUACCUCGGAACAAUAUGACACUUGAUUACUCACGCUGGCAGCAAAAUCUGAUAGGAGUUUUACAGUUUGAUAUAAUGUAUCAUCCAGAUGCCGAAAUGGAAGAGCGUGUUGUGGUAACAAUAGAUGCAAGAUUGGCAUAUCGAAACAAAGGAGAUCCAGACGGUGCAUGGAAACAUUACGCCUCAUCUGUCGAAGAAAGGAUUCUGGAUUGCACAAUGGCACACAAGGAGGAAGGGUUUCAUUAUGACUGUUCUAUUGUUCCGUUGUUCGAGCUGGGGUCCCUCCAUCACGACUUCUACCUGCUUAACAUUCGUCUCCCUGUAGGAGCUGAUAAAAAAAUGAACCAGGGGCUUGGUCAUGUGGAAGACAUAUGGCUUGUUGCCAUAAAUCAGAAUGGUGGAUUUACAAAGGUUUGGGUUACAAUAAAAUCUGCCUUUUUUCCAUGUAUAAUUGCAAUAAUGAUUUGGUUCUGGAAGAGAGUGCAUCAGUUGUCUAGGUCACCAGCACUCUUGGAGCACAUGCUUAUGUUUCUUGGUGUUACCCUCACAUUCCUCAAUAUGCCACUUGAGUUUCUGACCCUGGCCUUUGAUAUGCCCUUCAUGUUACUUCUCGGUGAUAUCCGACAGGGAAUAUUCUAUGCUGCUCUGCUGUCCUUCUGGUUGGUGUUUGCUGGUGAGCAUCUCAUGAUCCAGGAUUGUGCUGAUAGCAACACUCUUCGGUAUUACUGGAAGCAUUUGAGUGCAGUGGCCAUUGGGUGCCUCUCCAUGUUCAUAUUUGACAUGUGUGAGCGGGGUGUUCAGCUCCAGAAUCCUUUCUAUUCUAUCUGGGUCACUGAUCUUGGCACAAACCUCGCUCUGACAUUCAUAAUCCUUGCUGGAAUUUCAGCUGGCGUAUACUUUUUGUUCUUGUCGUACAUGAUCUGGAAAGUUUUCUGCAACAUAAGUGCCAAGCGUACGGUCCUCCCGAGUAUGUCCAGCGCCCGGAGGCUUCAUUAUGAAGGUGUCAUAUACAGAUUCAAGUUCUUGAUGUUGGCAACACUGCUUUGUGCUGCUAUGACCAUCACAGGAUUCAUUUUGGGGCAGGUGUCGGAGGGACGCUGGAAGUGGGAUGACCACUUGGUGCUCGAGUUUACGUCUGCUUUCUUCACUGGCGUGUACGGCAUGUGGAACAUUUACAUCUUUGCUCUGAUCGUGCUCUAUGCUCCCUCACACAAGCAGUGGCCUGCAGAGGGCGAACACCGUGGAAGUGUUAAUGAGGAGAUAGAGUUUAGUCGUCUGCCCACAGACCCCAGUGAGAUAUCAUCAUUGACAACUUUUGCAAGGAAGUCUGCUAUGGAUUGAAUCAGCUGGUUUGUAAUUUAUUCUGUUUGCUAAAAAAGUAUGUGUCUUCAUAUCCAGUUAUCAGUAUGAGACUGCAGUUCACAGUAAUGUGAGCAGUCACAGGUAGACUGCAUUAGAGAUGAAUAUGGUAAUUGUGUCAUAACAGUUUUUAAACUUUCUGAAAUCUGUGGCUUACUACAGAUGAGCCAGGAUAGUGUAGUUGGUAUAGAGACUGGCUAUGGGCUGGACGACCGAGGGGUUGGAAUUCAAGUC